GAAGCCACAUGCAAAGUCUUGAGCGUUGAGGAUCCGCCAUUAAUGCUAUCUCCCAUUUAUCAUAACAAAAUUAUUGAGUCUUCUUUUUGAAAUGUAAAAAAGACAGCAGGUGAGACGUGAGUAGCUACGGAGUUAAAGACGUGUAGUCGUGUAGAGAGAGAUAAGCUUGUAUCAUCACUUUCUUAGCCGCGUUGCCAACAGUUUCAAAAUUAUUGUGAGAAACUAACGAACUAAUUCUUGAUUAUUUUUUUUCAUUUUCUUUAGAGAACGUGAAACAGAUUAUCAGAUUUUGGUUAGACGAUGAAUCAUCCUUAAACGUACUAACAAGGAAUAUAAAAGGCUUAGAGAGGCCAUUCUUUUUUUCUUUUUUUUUGGGUCAACCAGAGAGGCCAUUCGUUUGAGUAUUAUUCAGUCACAAGCUUCUCGUCUUUUUGCAUCGCCGUCUAGGUAAAAGGUUUUCUGAAUUUCUCUGCACGGCAAAGGUCAUGGCUCCGUCUACGGCUCAGAGCAAGAAGCAGUUAAAAAGGUCUAUGACCAAGAAAUCAUACGCAUGGAGGUGGGAUAGUCACAUUUGUCCCAAGAACUCAAAAUGGCUUAUAGAGAAUCUAGAGAAGAUGGAUGACCGAGUGAAACACAUGUUGAAUGUGAUUGAAGAAGACUCAGACUCUUUUGCCAAGAAAGCUCAGAUGUAUUAUCAGAAGCGUCCCCAGUUAAUUCAACUUGUUGGGGAAUUUUACCGCAUGUAUCGCACAUUAGCUGAGCGUUAUGAUCAAGUUAGCGGUGAACUUCAGAAGAAUCAUCAUUCACUUGAGAUCCAGUCACAGAGCUCUUUUGAGAUAUCAUCUCCUACACAAGAGAUGUUGAGUCGCAGUCAGUCUGGUCAUAAAGAAGAAGAAGAUUCAUCAUCUUUGACAGAUAUUGUAAAUUUAACUCUCUUUUCUUUUUUUUGUCACAUCAUCAUCAUGGUUUAUGUUUUCUCAACCAUUGACUAGGCUUCUAAAUUUGUAUUCAUGAUAAGUUUGUUGAAGGUUGGUUUGAUCACUUUUUCUAUAUCUAUUAGGUAACAACCCGCACCAUAUGCGGGAUAAAUUGAUUAAUAAAAAUUAUUAUAAGUAAAA